AUUGAUGCAGAAAACACACAGACACUUUAACUGCAAUCUAUAAUGAUCGUUUCAUGGCGGGUUUUAUUUUCAUGCUUCGUGAUCGUGGGAUCAACAAUCAACUGUUUGGAGAUAUUGUUUGAGCAGUUCGAGCAGUUCAGUGGAUUUGAAAUUGUAGAUAUGAAGCUGCGUGUACGUAAGUUUAACCGCACGAUGACAACGCUGAAUGGUACGAUUUUCAUACGGCAGCCUAUCAGCAACGAUGUUGUGUUUCACACCGAUCUGUUCCACAGUCGGCUGGGUAAUCAGCAGUUUAAUCACUAUCCGGCGAAGCUGCCAACGUGCGGUUUUUGUGACUUUUUCGACAACCUGCACAAUACGUACGAGGAGCAUAUUAGCGACAUUGUGAACGUGCCGCGGCUCAAGGAAUGCCCGGUGCAGGUGCGGGAAGCCCACAUCCUAGAUAAACCGUUCCCAUCAUCCGUGCUGCCGCCGGUGUGUCCAACGGGACUGUGGAAAAUUGUCAUUAGCGGCCGGUUGAACGAUGAGGAAAGGCUAAGCUACCAUAUGGUGCUGAAAGUGUAUGAAAAUGAUUUCUUCGGUUAA